CGGCGGCAGCCUCCGAAGGUAAAGGCUUUUCUCGCCGUCGUUUCGGGCAUGGCGGCGCUCGUGUUUCUCCGCUUCAUUGUUCACGAUCAUGACAACCUUUUUGUCGCCGCUGAAGCUGUCCACUCCCUUGGAAUCUCCGUUCUCAUCUACAAGCUCACGAAAGAGAAGACUUGUGCCGGAUUAUCGCUCAAAUCUCAGGAAUUGACGGCUAUGUUCUUAGCUGUUAGGCUGUAUUGCAGUUUUGUCAUGGAAUAUGAUAUUCACACCAUACUUGAUUUGGCUACUUUGGGUACAACACUCUGGGUUAUAUACAUGAUCCGUUUUAACUUGAGGUCUAGUUACAUGGAGGAGAAGGACAAUUUUGCAAUAUAUUAUGUGGUGAUACCUUGUGCUGUGUUAGCCUUGUUUAUUCAUCCAUCAACUUCUCAUCAUUUAUUGAACAGGAUUUUCUGGGCAUUCUGUGUGUAUCUGGAAGCUGUAUCAGUAUUACCCCAAUUAAGGGUCAUGCAGAACACCAAAAUUGUUGAGCCAUUCACAGCUCAUUAUGUGUUUGCACUUGGUGUCGCAAGAUUCCUCAGCUGUGCACAUUGGGUUCUUCAGGUGUUAGAUAGCCGUGGACAUUUGUUGGUUGCCUUGGGAUAUGGUUUAUGGCCAUCAAUGGUUCUUAUCUCAGAAAUUGUCCAGACUUUUAUCCUUGCAGAUUUCUGCUAUUAUUAUGUCAAAAGUGUUUUUGGGGGACAGCUUGUUCUUCGCCUUCCAUCUGGAGUGGUAUAAAAGAAAGUUGGAUUGGGCGCAUGGUUGCAUUUUAAAUUAACUUUGAUCAAAGCAAUGUGUUUGACUACGAUGGUUGGAGGUCCAUUUUGUGUUGACAAAGGUUGGCUCUGGGGGAGAAGCUUCUUUGUAAAGUUGGGGGGCUCAAUGGAAAACUCGUUAUUUAUGUCUAACAUACAGUAGAGUAUUCUUCAUAGUUUGGAACGUGCCUAUUCGCCUAUUUCACUUGCUCA